CACAUAUCUGUGGUAGUUUAUAAUGCAAUUUUAAAUUUAUCAUAAAAGGCUUACUUUUUACUAUAGGACUCUGUUAGACGCAAUAGACGUCUCGGGAGCAUUGUCUAGUUUCGAUCCGCAGUUUAUCAAGGACUAUACGCAUUAAGUAGCGUUAAAUCAAACACUGGAUUUUUGAAAUAUAUUGCAAUGGAUUUUCUAAGACCGCUUAAAAAGUUGGUCUGCUGUCUAACGAUACUGUUUGCCGUAUACGGGAACGUAUUAGCUCAGGCGCAACCUGAGGAACCAUUUGAUGCAGGGGCAACUGCGAAGAAGCUUAAAGGCGCUAUAACUUUUUUGAUUGAUUGCUCGAUAGAUCAGUUAGUCCGAUUUUGUACAGCAGACACUAUACUCAACUUCGAAUGUUUCCGGAGUGUCGGUCACUGCAUCCCACCUACAGCACGGAAGGCCAUGAUGGGACUAACUGGAGGUGCAGAGGAGGACGAAUCAUUCCAAAUGCCUGAAGACGAACUUUGA